GGCGCGCCCUCGCCGCCCGCGCCGCCCCCGCCGCCGCACGCCUCCGCCGCCAAGCCCUUCCUCCUCAGCGACGGCAAGGUGGAGCUGGAGGCGUCGCUCGACCGCGCCUGCUACUGCCACGGCGACGCGGUGUCCGUGCACGUGGCCGUCGCCAACAACAGCAACAAGACGGUGCGCAGGAUCAAGGUGUUCGUGGUGCAGCACGUGGACGUGUGCAUGUUCUCCAACGGCAAGUUCAAGAACGUGGUGGCGACGGCGGCGAGCGGCGCCGAGUGCCCGCUGGGGCCCGGCUCCUCCCUGCGCCGCACCUACGAGCUGCACCCGGCGCGCGGCGCCACCAAGAACUGGAUCGCGCUCGAGGACUCGUUCAGCCGCGCGGGCGCCGCGCUCGCCGCCACCGUGCUCGGCCCCCCUCCCGGCUCCCCGGCCGAGCGCAACGUCUUC